UCUGUCAAUUUGACUGAAUCCAUUCGACCAAUCCUACAUGCAGUGUCCGAAACCGCCAGCAUCAUUAGGGAGGAUCUGCUGUCAGGAAGAACUGUGAGCUGUGGAGACAUAAGCAGCACAUGGACUGAUAUGAUGCAUGAUGAACUUGCACUCAACCAGACCCUGAUGGAGGAGUUGUGCAACCAGACCUGCUUCCCGGAUGACUUGAUCUCUGCAGCAGGCAUCCUCAGGCAGCUUAUAAACACAACCGUGAGUCAGCAGGUCAGUGGUUUGGGAAAGGUGGACAGCAUCGACGGGAAAGAGUUAACAAAGGAACUGAAGACCCUUUACCAAGCAGUUGUGAGUUACUAUGAGAGCCCGAGGCACUUCUAUACAGAGAUCUCAGCAGCCACAAUCAACAGCAGCACUUCAGUGGACUCCAGCAUUCCUGCUCUCAUCGAUGACCUCUCCACCCAACACAUAGUUUUGGGCGUCUCGGUUGCUCUCAACCCCUUUUUGCAGCAGGCCAGCGUGCUGCCAGGGCUGAAGCAGCACAUCGAAGCAGCUGACUGGAUAAUGAAUUAUGCAAUGCAAAACAACUACACCGGGCAAGACAACUGUGACAACUCGUCCAUGAGCUGGAGCUGUAAGGGCACAAAUGAACUUGAGAUGCAUUCGGAGAAGAUGAUUGGGAUUCUCUUAGCCGUCACCAAGGACCCAGUCCUCGCUGGCAGAUUGCUGCAAGGAACCUGGGAAUGGGUUUCUCACAACAGCACUCUUUUCAGUGCAUACAACUCCACUGCUGGUGCAGUGAUGCACCUUCUCAAGGAUGACAUUGAACUAUUCCUGAAUCUUUCACUCAGUCUCAUUAUGGAUGCAGAAGCAAAUCCCUCACAGCUAUGGAAAGAAGCUCUCAGCUGCCUCCUAAAGGACCUCCUUAAGAACGUUAACAGCAGCUCCCUUCACCAAAUCUGGAAUGGAGACAUCUUGAAAGAUAUUGAGGAUCCGAUGCAGCUUGCCAAUAAGUUAAUAAACAACUUGGCAUCUUGCCUACCUGUCGAGCAAAGAUCUCUCAAUGUAACUCUUCUCAGAAUAUUAGAAACACUUCCAGCUCUGUCUAGUGGUACUAACAUCACAGGUAAUGUCUUCAGUCUCACCAGAGCAGCUUCACACGUCCUGCUGGAGAUGCUUCAUGUCACCAGUUUCCCUAUUUCCAACGUGACUUCAGCCGGAAACAUUGUGGACAAUUUGCUCCAGAUCUCAGAACUGGUAACCAAUGCACUUUUGGCAAGACUUCCUUCUAAUCAGCUGAUGGGCAUAGCUGAGACAUUUAAAGCAGUAGAGCAGUUGGUGACAACCUUAACACCCCUGUUGACUUCAAAGCAAAGCCACUACCUGAAUGCUACAGUUCAAAUCCUAAAGACUCUGGUAAUCCACCUGUACAACAACGCUGAUGCAUUGGACAUCAGUGUUACCAUAUCUGAAUCCCUUCUGAAGCUUUUGGGGAUCAUCCCCGAUCCCACAGCGCAGUCAGUGAGCAGCAGUGCUUUUAAGAAUCUUGGAGCUUCCAUCAGAAGAGUGACAGAAGUCUACUUCUCCAAUGCAACCGAUUUAGUAAAAGCAGGAGGCAUUACUGUCAUUGUGGCAAGUGAGCUGCAGAAUGUGCUGAAAAUGGUUCCCCCCAGUUAUGAGGUGAACAAAACUCUGGAGGUGAUCAAGGUCAUCAAAGACAACGUGGGCAGUUUUCUGGGAAUAAAUUCCACAAACUGGGCUAAUGCGGUUCUCCAGUUGCUGGCUAACACUGCAGAGCUGGUGCCACCAGAGCUUCCAUAUGCACACCAGUUCAUGAACCUGAUGAUAAACCUAGCUAAAGAGGCUCAAGAAGAAUUCCAUGUGCUGUCAGAGUUAAGCCAGAUUCUGCAAACGAUGUUCACUACAAAUUGGGCGGCAGACAACGUCACAGCGGCUCUUGAAAACCUGAAAAUCAAGAAGGCUCAGAUGAGUACUGUGACUGGCAUUGUGUGUGAGUUGGAGAAGUUGAGGUCUGUGCAGGCUCUGUAUGAUCUGGUGCCCAUGAAUUCGGGGAUAAUGUGCCAGACCGUUUCUCCAGCCAUCCAGGCUGUUUUCUCGCUCUCCUACAGCACUCUGAACUGGGGGAGAAACCUCACCUUCAGCCUGAACACUCUGCUGUACACUCUGUACAACGUGGUAGUCGGAGACCUCAACAACUACAACCUGAACGCAAACUGGUCGUCUGUACUUGUGGACAGCACAUUAAAUUUCAACACCAGUGCUUUCAACUUCCUGAACAUUACGAACACUACUGCAGCUCCUACAAAAGUGUCUGACCUGAUUCUUAACCCAGCAGCCUUCGUGUCAGAGAUUCACAAACGAACAGGAAUGCCAAUGGAUGCCACAGAUGCUAUGAUGCAGACAAUUAUUCCUGACAACUCUUCACAGUUGCUUGCUUGGUUGAUGGAACUGCGGUACUGUGACUCCCCAGGGAAGCUCAACCUGACCCAGUCAGGGGAGCUGGUGUAUCGGGCAUUCUGCAAGCUGGGACCCUUGCAGCAGUACAACUUCGUGGUCAUAGUCCUUGAACACCUGGAUUUGAUUGAGUUCAUUUACAAGAUCAUACUGACCUCGGACAUGCAGAACGUCAUUGAAGCGCUGAUGCAGCUCUUCCAGUUUAUAAUGGAGAUGUUUCAGAAGAUGACCCCUGCCAUCAAGCUGUUGAUCAGCUACCUGCAACAGAUCCAGAGGCUCAACCUGGUCGCAAACUCGGAAUUCAAGGAAUUGGUUGCUGGGAAUAGGGCCACAAUGUCGAGCAAGGCCACAUUCAACACGCUCGCCGGCGCCAUGUGUUCCAGGGGAUUCUUCUCCCUCUUCGGGGUCUCGCAGACCCCCAGUUUCAUGGACUCGAAGCCCUCCACCCAGGACGACCUUAACGUGGACGAGAUCAUUGAGAAAUUCGACAUCCCCAGGAACGCAACACCCUUCUGCCUUGCAUUGUACCUGGACAUGGUGAACACCACUGGUGGAGCUGUGGCCUGGGCGUUCAUCAAGCCCAUGCUGCUGGGCAAGAUCCUGUACACCCCAGACACGCUCGAGACCAGGGCCAUCAUGGAGAAGUCUAAUGACACAUUGCAGCAGCUGGACAAACUUAAAAUGUACUCCCAGGACUGGAUAGAUGACAUCAAAUUAAUCUUUGAUUCUGCCCAGCUACUUGAAAAGACUCUUCCACUACUUCUGCGCUCCCUACAAAACCCUUUUGUACAGAAUUUUAUUAAGUUACAAACAAACGUUAACGUGACCGACGUCUUAAACAUACUCCAAACGUACUCAAACUUGACUAAAAUGUUGGAAGAGAACCGGAAAGUGAUGGACCAGCUGACUGUCCUCUCCACGCUGAUGCUCAACCUGUCCUCCUGUGUGAAUUUCAACCGCAUACAGCCGUUCAGCAGCAUAGCGGAGAUGAACGCCAUGGCCAAAGAGCUCCUCAAGACCAAGGAGCUGUACGCUAGUAUCAUUUUUAAAAUGCCUUCGAAAACCAGUCGUCGAAAGAGGUCAGCUGGUGCUGGCAUCUCCCUGCCCCCUGAGAUGAAAUACACCAUACGCAUGGUUGUGCAGAACUCCAUGAGGACUGACAGAAUAAGAAACCCUUCCUGGACACCCGGAUCCUACGUCUCAUCCAACAAAAACCAGCGCUACAACCGUGGCUUUAUCAACCUGCAGGAGAGCAUCGACAGGGCCAUCAUCGACAUCCAAGCAGGCAAGAAGGUUAAGGAGCCAUCCGUCCAGCUACAGGCCUUCCCCUACCCCUGCUACUUCAAAGACAAUUUCCUCAACAGCAUGUCAAGUAGCUUCCCCAUUGUCCUCAUGGUCGCUUGGGUCCUUUUCAUCGCUGCCUUUGUCAAAAAGCUGGUUCACGAGAGAGAGCUGAGACUUCACGAGUACAUGAAGAUGAUGGGAGUGAACCCCAGCAGUCACUUCUUUGCCUGGUUCAUAGAGAGCGCCUGCUUCCUCCUGGUCACCAUCAUCAUCAUGACCAUCAUCCUGAAGGCGGGUAAGGUCUUCCCCAACAGCGAUGGCUUUAUUAUGUUCCUGUUCCUGUGCGACUACGGCUUCUCCAUCCUGGCCAUGAGCUUCCUCAUCAGCGCCUUCUUCGACCGCACCAACGUGGCCGGCCUCAGCGGCAGCCUUGUCUACAUCAUCUGCUUCUUCCCAUUCAUCAUCAUGGUGACCAUCGAGUCCAGCCUCACCUUCUCAACCAAGAACCUCCUGUGCCUGUUUGCCCCAACUUGUUUCAGUUAUGCAGGCCAAUACAUUGGUUACUAUGAAGGGCAGAACAUAGGAAUCCAGUGGGAUAACUCCUAUGUCUCCCCAUUGUCUAAUGAUACCACCUCCUUCGGCUGGCUCUGCUGGCUGCUGCUCAUCGAUUCCCUCAUCUAUUUCACUGUCGGCUGGUACAUCCGGAUUGUCUUUCCAGGGAAGUACGGCAUUGCCUCCCCAUGGUAUUUCCCAGUCCUGCCCUCGUUCUGGGCAGAGUGCUGCGGUUUUAACACACGCAGAAAAGACAGUGGAAGAGGGCUCCUGUUCACCAACAUCAUGCUGCAGAGCGGGAACAUCGAUCACAAGAACAAAGGUAAUGAGGGCUUUACCUCCGAGGGGGAGGCUGAGCUGGAAGGCCUGCCUGUGGGCGUGUCUCUCCACAGCCUCACCAAGCUCUACGGCCAAACCAUCGCCAUCCAGAACCUCAACCUCAACUUCUACGAGGGCCAUGUGACCGCGCUGCUGGGGCACAAUGGAGCGGGCAAAACCACCACCAUGUCCCUGCUGACUGGGCUCUACAGUCCCUCAUCUGGCUCCGUCCUGGUGUAUGGGAAGGACAUGCAGACACACAUGGAUGCGGUGCACAGAGACAUGGGGGUGUGUAUGCAGUACGACGUUCUCUUUGAACACCUCACUGUCAAAGAGCACCUCUUGCUGUACGGACAGAUCAAGAGCCCUGGCUGGAACAAGGAUGAACUGAACCAGCAAGUGCGCAACACCCUGAAGGAGACUGGUAUAUACGCCCAUCGGCACAAGCGCGUGGGCAUGCUUUCGGGCGGGAUGAAGAGGAAGCUCUCCAUCUCCAUCGCGUUCAUCGGCGGCUCUAAGACGGUGGUCCUGGACGAGCCCACCACGGGCGUGGACCCCUGCUCCCGGAGGAGCAUCUGGGACAUUGUCACCAGACACAAAACAGGGCGCACCAUCAUCCUGUCCACUCACCACCUGGAUGAGGCGGAGGUCCUGAGUGAUCGCAUUGCCUUCCUGGAGCGCGGGGGGCUCAAGUGCUGCGGCUCCCCCUUCUACCUGAAAGAGAAGCUGGGCCAGGGCUACAACCUGACACUGACCAGGAGGGUGCCGCCCCCCGGCUCAGAAGAUUACUGUGUCCCUGAUACCGUCACUAGGUUCAUCCAGUCCCACUUGCCUGAGGCUCAGUUGAAGGAGAAGGUGGGGGCAGACCUGGUCUACGCCCUGCCCCCCUUCGGAGCCCAGCGAGCCGAUGCUUACCGAUCCCUCCUGAGUGAGCUGGACAGGAGCCUGGACACCCUGCGGCUCGGCUGCUACGGCAUCUCUGACACCACUCUGGAGGAGGUCUUCCUCCAAAUGACAAAGGAUGAUGAAAACAAGGACACAGCCUGGUCCAACACGCAAAUGGUGGUCCAGGUCCCCUCUGUGGACACUAUGGUCUCCAAAGACUCCACCACCAGCAAUAACGUCAGUGAUAGACAAGCCCUGACUGGCUCCUCCUCUCUCGGGGGGGCCCGCCUCUUCGCACAGAAGGUGAUGGGGAUGCUGGUGAAGAGGAUCCACCACUCACGGAGGGACUGGAAGGGCCUGCUUGCCCAGAUUAUACUGCCCGUGCUGUUCGUCAUCGCUGCCAUGGGGAUGGGCACCAUCAAGAAUGGGAUCCAGGAAUAUCCCGAAAUUAAUCUCUCACCUGCCUUGUACGGAUACGACGGCCAGUCUGUUUUCUUUGGGCUUGGAAACCCCAGUGCCAGUGAUUUGGUCUCUAAGAUGAUGUCAUUUCCUGGAAUAGACAACGUCUGCUUGUAUAACCCUGGUAAUGAGCAGUGUCUGAAUAAAGAGGGGUCUGGAGACUGGACUUCAAGUGGAAUAGCUCCUGCCUCAUACAAGCCAUGUAACUGCAAUACUACUGUUCAGGUCUGCCCAAGAGAUGAUUAUGUACCCCCUCAUAAAAAGGCCACCUCCUUACAAACAGUGUACAACGUGAGUCAAUUGGACGUGGAAAACUACCUGCUCUCUACAGCAAACAGCUUCAUCCAGAACAGGUAUGGCGGCUGGGUCUUUGGCAAUCCUCUCCCAGUUGAUCUCCGGAUGGAUUUUGACCCUGUUCCAGCAAACAGGACGCUGACAAAGGUCUGGUACAACCCUGAAGGGUACCACACGAUGCCAGCCUACCUGAACAGCCUUAAUAACUUCAUUCUUAGGGCCAACCUGCCCCCUGGUGUGGAUUCACAGAAGUACGAUAUUUCUGUGUACAGUCAACCAUAUACAGGAGGCGUCCUAGAUGAGGAUACUAUGGUUCAGAGUCUGGUGGGCAUGCUGGUCGCCCUCUGCAUUCUCACGGGAUACUCCAUCAUGACAGCCAGCUUUGUUAUUUAUGAGGUCAUGGAGUAUCAGACGGGUGCCAAGCGUCUCCAGCACAUUUCUGGUGUUGGGGAGAUCUUCUAUUGGAUAGUCAAUUUCAUCUAUGAUAUGACGCUGUACCUGCUCCCAGUAGCCUUGUCCAUAGCUGUCAUUGCUGCCUUCCAGCUGCCCGCCUUCAAUAACAGACAGAACCUGGGGGCCGUGUCUCUACUGCUGGUGCUGUUUGGCUUCGGAACGUUCCCGUGGAUGUAUCUCCUAGCUGGUACCUUCAAGAACGCAGAGAUGGCCUUCAUCUGUUACGUCUCCAUCAACCUCUUCAUCGCCAUCAACACCAUCAUCUCCACCUCGGUGGUCUACUUCCUGUCUGAGCUGAAGAAAGACGACUUGAACGUUAAAGAGGUGUACCGUGUGAUGAGCUACGUGUUCCUGAUCUUCCCGCAGUUCAACUUUGGGAACGGCCUGAUGGAGCUGUCCCGCGUGCAGUUACAGGUGGAUAUUCUGGCCGUGUUCGGGAUCGACGGCUACAAGAACCCCUUCAGCAUGGAUGUCCUCGGAUGGAUGUUUGUAGCGUUGGCCAUCCAGGGCAGCCUCUGCUUCCUGCUGAGGCUGCUGCUCAACACCUGGCUGCUGCGCAAGAUGAGGAUCUUGAUGUGCAGGAUGACAGCAGUGAUGUUCCAUGCUGCGGAUGAGGACCCCGAUGUGAAGGCUGAGCAGGACAGGGUGGACAGCGGUCAAGCCAGCGGAGACCUGCUGCAGCUCAACAAGCUCAGCAAACUGUAUCAGAACAUCCACAAGAAAGUGCUGGCGGUCAACAACAUCUCUGUGGGCAUUCCUGCUGGAGAGUGCUUCGGGCUGCUGGGUGUGAAUGGAGCAGGGAAGACAACCACCUUUAAGAUGCUGACCGCCGAGAUCUUCCCCUCCAAUGGAAACGCACUCGUCAAGGACACGGACGGGAGUGUGGUGGACAUUAUGGACGGCAGCAUGGAAGGGAUCAAUAUUGGCUACUGCCCGCAGGUGGAUGCUCUGGAUGAUCUGCUGACAGGAGAGGAGCACCUGUACUACUACGCCAGGAUCCGCGGCAUUCCCAGCCAACAAAUUCACAAUGUGGUAAUGCACCUCCUUCAAAGACUGGAGCUCCUUCCUCACAAAGACAAGCCCACCUGCCAAUACAGCUGUGGCACCAAGAGGAAGCUCUCCACUGCCCUCGCUCUCAUCGGCUGCCCUCAGAUCCUGCUGCUGGAUGAACCAAGCUCUGGGAUGGAUCCCAAAUCCAAACGUCAUCUCUGGAACAUCAUUUCAGAGGAACUGAAAGAGAAGUGUGCCGUGGUUCUAACCUCCCACAGCAUGGAAGAGUGUGAGGCGCUCUGCACCAGACUGGCAAUAAUGGUGAAAGGACGAUUCAGGUGUCUUGGUUCUCUACAGCACAUCAAGAACAGAUUUGGAAGUGGCUUCACUGUGAAAAUGCACCUUGCCUCGAGCAGCCUGGGAGUGGAACACAUCACCACGUUCAUGCAGUCACACUUCCCAAGCACUUUCAUGAAGGGCCACCACUCUGGCACGGUGGAGUACCACGUCCCUGUGGCUCCGGGGGGCGUUGCUGAUAUUUUUGACCAGCUGGAGUGCAACAAAGCAUCUCUGAGCAUCAAACACUUUUCUGUGAGCCAGACCACACUGGAUGAGGUCUUCAUUAACUUUGCCAAAGAGUCGAGCGCAGAGGAAUCUGAAGCCAGCAGUGAGCUCAGCGGUCAGUCUGUGAACACAUAGCGCAGUGAAGCAGAAGAAGUCUCUACGCCCCUCAAUCCAAACAAGCGAACUCAUGAUUGACUUUUUUUUUCUUUUAUACACAAUACUUGAUCACAUUUUUCAUUUUUCAACUGAAUUUUUUUCUUACUGUCAUUUAAUUGUUUUAAGUUGUUUAGAAAUGCUGUACUGUAUUUAUGAGAUCGCACUUUGGAUCCUUAAGUUUGCUGCAGUACAUAAAAAGCAUAGCAAAGUGUAAUAUAGCAUUGAUAUACUACUGUGAUAGAAUGGUAAGAAGUGGUAAAGUGGAAAAGCAUGAUAAAUGCAAUAUACAAUGGCAACCUUUUAUAAGGGAGUGUAUUACUUUAAUAUUCCACAUUUGUAUUAGAACAUAAGAAAAUUUACAUAUGAAAGGAGGCCAUUCGGCCCGUCUUGCUCGUUUGGUUGUUAGUAGCUUAUUGAUCCCAGAAUCUCAUCAAGCAGCUUCUUGAAGGAUCCCAGGGUUUCACCUUCAACAACAUCACUGGGGAGUUGGUCUGACUCCCACAAUUCUCUGUGUAAAAAAGUGCCUCCUAUUUUCUGUUCUGAGUGCCCCUUUAUCUAGUCUCCAUUUGUGACCCCUGGUCCUUGUUUUGUUUUUUCAGGUCGAAAAAGUCCCCUGGGUCGACAUUGUCAAUACCUUUUAGAAUUAGAAGUCUUCUUUGUUCAAGACUGAAUAGAUUCCGUUUUUUAAUCCUGUCUGCAUACGACAUGCCAUUUAAACCCGGAAUAAUUCUGGUUGCUCUUCUUUGCACUCUUUCUAGAGCAGCAAUAUCCUUUUCGUAGCGAGGUGAACUGAAGACAAUAUUCUAGAUGAGGUCUUACUAAUGCAUUGUAAAGUUUUAACAUUACUUCUCUUGAUUUAAAUUCAACACUUUUUACUAUAUAUCUGAGUAUCUUGUCAUUUUUAUAGCUUCCCCACGUUGUCUAGAUGAAGACAUUUCAACAUAAACUCCUAGGUCUUUUAUGUAUUGAUUUGUAGUAACAUACUGUUCUGCUUGAUUAACUACUGAUCAGUGAUUUUGUAAAGCUAUUUUUUCAGGGCAGUGUCCAAGGAUUUUUGAAGAACUGCAUUUAUUACCGCCUCUAGUGUAUGGGCAGUACUGUUUAAGAGGUGCCUAUGUCAGGUAUCCACACAGUCUGUUUAUCCCAAACAUUAGGAAGCUGCUGCAUUGGCAAAGCACUCCUGUACAGCGAUCUUGAUAAAUGUGUUCUUCAAAUAGAAUUCAGACUGGAACCUGAUUCAAACUUCCAUUCUGAAGUCCUCACAGCACUCCAGUGUUUCAGCAUUCCCAACACCUGCUACAACCAUGCUAGUUUUGCUUGAUAUGUUUAACUGUAAUUAUAUGAUAUAUUGUAAAAUAUAUUUUAUUUAAUACAAAAUAUGUAUUUUUCAAAAACUAUUAAAGUGUCAGUUAUUUA